AUGGCUGCCCGAAUCGUUAAUAAUAUGCCCGACUUUGGUAAUAUCAAUCGAGCAGGAAAACCAGAUCUCAUAACUUGUUUCACCCACUGGCAAUUACACCAUCUUCUUAUUGAAAAAGACACUCCUCUUAAAGAUCUGCAAGCAGCAAGUGUAAUUUCAUUGGCCGUCAGAGAGGUUUCCAAAAAUCGACAUAAGCUCAGACCGAACGGGCCGAACACAUUUCAUUUGGAGUACUUUCAAUCGCAGCAGCCUGAGGUGAUUGUCCUGCUGGAAUCUGGUUUUUGCAAACUAGAUCCUGGUAUAAGCUUCAGCGAUGCCCAUGACGCCUACGCGAACCUUCACUAUGCGGAAGAAAUUAUUAUCUGUGAGAUUCUGACUUUACCUCAAUAA